ACAACAUGUCCGUCUCGCGGGAGAAGAAAGCGUGUCAAUUAUUAGUGCUUCAAUUUUUUAGCGUUUAUAACCGGACAAAUGGCACCUAUGUCGAUCUAGCCGCACAAAAUUAAUCUACAUCGUUGAGAAAGAGAAAAUGAGUUUCUCUGUGAAGAAGACAGGCGGCAGAAUGUGGCACGAGGCACGCAAGCAGGAAAAGAAGAUCCGCGGUAUGCUGGUCGAUUACCGUCGCAGAGCGGAACGUAGAAGGGACUACUACGAGAAAAUCAAAUCAGAUCCUACUCAGUUUCUGCAGCUCCAUGGCAGACCAUGCAAGAUACAUUUGGAUCCAGCAAUAGCUGCUGCAGGUGAUAGUCCUGCAAACAUGAUGCCAUGGCAAGGCAACGAUGACAAUCUUAUAGAUCGGUUUGAUGUACGGGCACAUUUAGAUUGGAUACCAGAACCGGUAGACACUAUCGACGUUGAUAUUGCUCUGACAAGUGAAGACAGACAUAUCAACUAUGAACGCUACCGUAUAAUUGUGCAAAAUGAAUUUUUAGGCGGUACAUUGUUUCCCUUUUAUUUGUUAUACAAAAAAUCAUACUAUUAUAUUAAGUUUGGUUCAUCAACAAAGUUGGAUGCUGCAAAAGAUAAAAAGAAAUCUGCUAAUAAUGCUGCCAUCGGAUAUAAUUAUGAAACAGAAGAGCCAAUACCCGAACCAGUAAAAACAGUAGACCCAGUUAUAUCAGAGGAGAAGGGAGAUGAUGAAGAUAGCGAUAUAGAUUUAGACAUAUGCGUGGAUGUAUCUCAAAUAGAGCCAUCUCAGGCACAUGAGAUGAAUUUAGUAGCUCAAAAAUAUGGACUUUUAGGUGCUGAUUAUUUUAGCUUUUUAACACAAGAUUUUGAAGAAGCUGAAACCUUACGACAGGCUCGUAAGCAAGAAGAAGAGAAAGCUAUGUACUCGGGUCGACGAUCGCGUAGAGAAAGACGCGCAUUCAGAGAAAAGAAGAUGAUAGGCCGUGUUAUGAGUCCGCCUAGUUACGCAGCUAGAGAAAGCCCGGAAUAUAAUCCUUAUAGAAAGUCCUCUUCCAAGUCGCGAUCGCGGUCGAUAUCACCUGUAAAUACGGGACAGAUUACUUACAUCACAAGCUUCGGUGGAGAAGAAGAAACUCACAGUAGCACAUCACAUGUAUCUUCGUCGAAUUCAAGAAAAGUCAAUUAUUCGUAUCUCAGACGGCGGAGAUCAGAUAGUCCUGCUUUCAAUGAUAGAACUGUUAGUAAAAAAAUUUCCAAGUCCAGGUCAAGAAGCUGCUCACGUUCCGUUAGUAGGACCAAGUCGUAUAGAACACGUGAUAGGAAGCGGAGCGGAUCUAGGAUGAGAUCUAGACGAACACGCUCGAGGCCUCGGAAGUAUACAAGAUCUCGUACAAGAAGUCGCUCCAGACGAUCACGAACGCGAAGUAAAUCACGGUCGCGUUGUAGAAGUAUCAGCAGAUCUCGAUCGCGUUCAGUUUCUCGUUCGAGGUCUAGAUCACGCUCGCAUUUGAAGAGAUCACGGAGUUCAUCCUCUAGCAGCAUAUCAAAAUCAAGAUCAAGGUCUAAAUCGCGUAACAGGAGUCAUUCUAGAGACAGUUAUCGAAAAAUACGCUAUUCGUUGUCAAAGUCAAGAUCCAAGUCUCGCUCGAAAUCUCCAUCAAGAUCCAGAUCGAGAAGUCAAUCUAGUUGUAAACGAUCGCGAAGUGAUGAUAAUAAGACGCCAGCACUGCCUAGGUAUUAUGGCCGACGUGGAAAAUCAUCAAGUCUUGAACUAGAAUUAUCCGAUAACGAAGAAAAGUCCAGUCCAGCAGCAUCGAAGACGCCGAUAAAUACAAGCAUGUAAGCAUUUUAUGA